AGCUUUAGAAUAAAACAUCCUUGGCCCCCUUUCCCAUGAAAACAUUAACAGAAAUCGGUCUCUAAAGAAAAUAGAUUCCAAUAAUUUUAACGCUGUGGUGAAAUUUAGAUUUUUAUUAAAAUUGUGGUUUUAAAUGUCCCUGGUUAACCAACACUGCUGUAAUCGGAAUGUAAUUGCUCCUUGAGGAUGGACUCCUCUGCGCGUCAAAGGGGCGGAGUUGGGAGCGCGCACGGAGAGCGUUCAGGACUCACAAUCCACCGGAGCUUUGUUGAUAUUGGUCUUGGUCCUUUUGCAGGAGGUUAUGUCUUCCAGUCUUAGCAGAGAGAACAUAUAGAAGAGGGUGGUCGAAAUUUACUGGAGAGUCAGAACAUGCUUUAACUUUACGCGUCGCCUGAACGGGAAAUGUUUCCACACACGUUCUAAAUUUGGAAGGCGUUGAACCUGCCGCAAUCAUGUCUCGUGCACAAGUUGAGAUACCAGGACGCAGAUUCCCUGGCCUCUCCGUGGAUAUGACGGACGACUGCUUGUCCCGGGUUCCCACCGUGCUCAGGACGCACGGUUUGGGCGCGCGGAGAAACUCUUACGGGCUGCAAAAGAUCAGCGUGGACAUAGAUUCGCCUCUGUACAACAGUGCCCUUUCCAAAGCCUUGUCCUGGUCUGCUGAGAACAUCCUAACGCUGACUGAGUCCAGAGCAGAGGAGGAAAAGCCCGACGACACUCCGCUGUCCUCACCCACGGUUUCCAGCCCGGUGACCAGCUCCAGCACUCCUGCAGGCAGCCAGGAGCCCGACGCUGGCCCCCCAAAAGGAAACAGGGCUCCCAGUUCGAGUUCCAACACCCAGGAGGCCAGCUCUGACUCUGAAAACGAACUGCACAACAAACAAACAAAGAUCCUGUCUCGCAUCACCUUUGACACUCAGUGGGAGCAGGAAGAGAAGGAGGACGUGGAGACCAAGGCGGUGGCAACCUCUCCAGAUGGACGAUACCUAAAGUUCAACAUAGAGAUCGGAAGAGGAUCUUUUAAGACUGUCUAUAAGGGUCUGGACACAGAAACCACAGUGGAAGUUGCUUGGUGUGAGCUACAGACACGUAAACUGACCAAGGCAGAGCGGCAGCGUUUCAGCGAGGAAGUGGAGAUGCUGAAAGGCCUGCAGCACCCAAACAUUGUGCGCUUCCACGACUCCUGGAAGUCGACCAUGAAGGGCCACAAGUGCAUCAUCCUCGUAACUGAGCUCAUGACUUCUGGCACGCUCAAGACGUAUCUAAAGAGGUUCAAGGAGAUGAAGCUGAAGCUGCUGCAACGCUGGAGUCGCCAGAUCCUUAAAGGACUUCACUUCCUGCACACACGCACCCCUCCCAUCAUUCACCGGGACCUUAAGUGUGACAACAUCUUCAUCACUGGCCCCACUGGUUCUGUCAAGAUAGGAGAUCUGGGGCUGGCCACUCUCAAAAGUGCCUCAUUUGCUAAAAGUGUAAUUGGAACACCAGAGUUCAUGGCCCCGGAGAUGUACGAGGAGAAGUAUGAUGAAGCGGUAGACGUCUACGCCUUAGGUAUGUGUAUCCUGGAGAUGGCCACCUCUGAGUACCCAUACUACGAGUGCCAAAAUGCCGCCCAGAUCUACCGCAAAGUCACCAGCGGGAUUAAACCUGACAGUUUCUACAAGGUAAAAGUCCCAGAACUCAAAGAGAUCAUUGAGGGCUGCAUUCGUAUGAACAAAGAUGAAAGGUACACAAUUCAGGACCUUUUGGAUCACCCCUUCUUCCAGGAGAACAAUGGAGUGCACGUUGAGCUGGCAGAGGAGGAUAACAUGGUGAAGCCCGACCUGAAGCUGUGGCUUCGCAUGGAUGACACCAAGAAGCUCCAUGGGAAGUACAAGGACAACAAUGCCAUCGAGUUCCUCUUUGAGCUCUACAAAGAUGUGCCUGAGGAGGUGGCUCAGGAGAUGGUCGUGCUUGGGUUUGUGUGUGAAGCAGACUUAAAGAUUGUAGCAAAGGCCAUACGAGACCGAGUGACGACCAUCAAGAGGCAGAGGGAGAAGCUGAAGCGGCAGGCAGAGGAGAGGAAGAAAAAGUUGGCUCAGGAGGCAAUAGAAGAAGAGCCAGAACCCCAGAUGCUUUCACCUAAAGUUAGUGAUGUGGUUGCAGCCGGGUCCCCCACUCCUACUCUGCUGACACCUCUGGCCACAAUUUCAUCCCCCAUCACCAGCUCUGCAGACUCUGGCGUCAGCUCCAACUACCCUGCAGAGCCAGAAGAGCCUGAGGUGGAUCAGCACUUCCAUGUCCGCUACAACAGCCUGUCUUCCGCUAACUCUGACUGUGAGACGGAUGGCGACCACAGUUCCUCCGGUCUUCAGGAUCCGCUGGAGGCCGGCAGCUUCAACACGCCUGCAACCCCUCCAACCCCUCUGACCAACGGCCUCCCCAUCCCCGCCCUCCGCUUCCCCUCGAGUAUUGCGAUACUGAGUAACACAGAACAUGGAAACUCUGGGCCUCAGAGUGGAUUCAACUCACCUGUGGACAGCUACGCCUCUGAUGUGACUUCCGGAUUGAGCGAUGGGUACGAAGGCCUGUCAGAGAAGUGUGAGAAAUCAGCCGCCAGGCGAAACACCGCCAAGCUGUUCAGAAGGAGGGCGCGCUCGAGGCUCCGCAUCACAGGGCUCUCUGAUAAAGUGGACCGGGUGGUCGAGUGUCAGCUGCAGACGCACAACGACAAGAUGGUGACGUUCAAGUUCGAUCUAGACGGAGAUAACCCAGAAGACAUCGCUGCUGUCAUGGUUCACAAUGAAUUCAUCCUUCCAUCAGAAAAGGAGGGUUUUAUCCACCGCAUGGGUGACAUCAUUAAACGGGCCGAGGCGCUGAUGGCGAAAGAUCCACCAGUCCACCCCAGUGCACACCGGCUGGCCCAGCUGGCGUCCAACGGUGGGGUUAACUCGCUGUCGUCAUCGCAGCCUGAUCUACACAGUCACACCAUGCCUCGGACACACUCAUCCUCUUCUCUACCUGACUACAGUCUGGCUAACCCAAACGUAGGGCUACGUGGCUCUCCUCCAUGUCAUAAUGGAGAGGUCUUCGGCUCAGACAUUACUUCACCUGGGCGACCUCUUUUACGCUCACAGUCUUUCCACAACGCCCCAGGUUCUCCACUCCAUUAUCACCAACACCAGCGCCCUUCAUCUCACCUUCACUAUCCGCAGCAUUAUCCUUUACCCUACAUGGGUCACACUCACUUCCCAUUCCCAUUUCCAGGUUCUCCAGGUUCCCCAAAGCCAGCAGGGUACCAUCCACCUCUCACACGUGUUGCCAGUAACCCCGUCUUCCCUUCUGUUCCUUCCCCGACCCCUAGCUCCCCCAGUCCAGUGAACGAGACCCCAAGUCCUACUAAUGAAAGCACCACCAUCUCCCCUCCUGGCCCACAGCAUCCCAACAUGUGGCCUGCCCACACACAGCCUUUGUUUUCUCUUGCUAACGUCAUCUCCAUGGCUAUGAGUAUGGCUCAGUCUUUCAUCCCUCCCGCUAACCUCCCCACUCAGGUGAUGCCCUCAUAUCCAGGCUUCCACCCCCAGCUGCAGAGUCCCCUGACUCCUCAGACAGGUUACCCCUCUGUCUACUCUAACCAUUACCAGACUCCACCACCAGUAGAGAUCCCAUAUCCUUCAGUUGGCAUCCCAGCUCCAAACAUCUACCACAGCCAGGAGCCUCCACCUCAAAUGGACGGAGUCGGUUUUUACCAGAACAAUCAUCCACAAUGGCAUCAUCCUGUUUCUCUACCUUCCAUGCCUUCCACUCCUCCACAAGUGGUUCUGGAGCCUUCACAGCAGGUCCAACACACCAGCUCCCCCAGUCCCAUCAAGGAGGCCCCGCCCUCACCCCAAGUUCCAGUCAGAACUAGAUCAGAAGUUUUUCAAUCAAAGUCUUCAUCAGAACUUUCUCCGUCACCUCCAGUGACACCAAAGAACACUGUUUCAUCCAUCUGUAAUCAGUCCGCUGGACCUGAAACAAAUACUAGCUCCCUAAAUCUGAAAGCCUGCUCCACACAAUCUGCUACAGAAAUUCUGCCAUCUCCGGUGACUGUUGGACGAUUCCAGGUGACACCCAGCAUCGGCAUCCUUGAACCUGCAGCUCCGGUACCUGCUGCAUCUCAGCCGGCCAUCAACAACAGCUCCCAGUCCGAGAGCAGCACCGAGGAACAGGGCGAGUCUGAAACCAGUCUGGGAACCUCCCUCACCAUGUCCCCUCCUCACCCUCAUGCCCAGAGAGGGUCGACAGCAGUCCUCCAGGACGGGGACACGCACACAGGAUGGGCUGUGAGCCAGGAGCAGCAGCGGGACAGAUGUGAAGGAGAAGAUGAAGAUGAAGAAGGUGAGGUCUUAGGGGAGCGAUCAAAGGUGAGGAAGAGAGGUCGGAAGAGGACGUGCAGCCUCAGCUUAAUGGGGACGUCUGCGGACAGCGGGCUUUCUGUGACGGCUGCUGAUACAGAGGGGAGGCUGUGGGAUGGAGCGCCAGGCAGUCCGCAGUACAGCAAUGCCCUUCAUCAUCUGUGGAUGACAACAUACAACCGAAAUGCUCCCUACCUGAGCAGCGAUGACUCUGACAGUGAGGACGAGGACAUGCUGGAGGAGCUUCAGGAACUCAGAGAAAGACAUCAGUCCGAGGUUCAGGCUCUGCAGGCGGCCCAGAAGAAAGAGAUUGAGGAAUUGUAUGAGAGGAUGGGGAAGGUUCCCCCACCAGGCAUCGUGUCCCCUGCUGCUAUGCUGUCCAGUCGGCAGCGCCGCCUGUCUAAAGGGAGCGGCUUCCCCUCGUCUCGCAGGAACAGUCUGCAGCGUGUGGACAUGCUGCCUCUCCCAGGUAUCAUUAGGAGAAACUCUCUGGGAGGCAGCAGCAGCAGCUCACAGGACAAACCCAGCAAAGGAGUCACCUUUGCUACUGACAUUAGUAGAAUGUAAGAAACUCAGCCAAGCGUGCUGUACAUCUGGACUACCUCAUCUGAAGUGUGACCGCAAAUGGUCAAAAUACUCUUUAACCCUUUCAUUGACACCAGUCAGCUAACCGCUUCACUUCGUCAGUGAUGAAAAGCUCCGUUACCUCAGAUAUAUGGAAAGUAUUAGCCGUAAAUCUGGAACAAUGCAGGAACAUCCAGUUCUCAGCCCUCUGUCAGUUCUGCUGACAUUGCAGCUGAUGCAGAAAGUGGUCUGGUUUAUGUUAAGUUUUUUUUUUUUUUUUUUUUUGCUCCUUUGUAAUAAACCAACAGACUCCAACAGUUUAAACAUAAAAAGAUGAUUGCCAAAAGGCUCUGCAGGAUUUCUAUUUAAUGCUUCCUCUGACGCAGUUAAGGGAUGGUACGAGCUGCAGAGAUGUAGCAUGAAACUGACCCAGAAUGACCGAAGCGGAUGUUUCCCUGCGUGUCUGAUUGUACAUGUGCUAAUCUUAGCACAGCAGCUAUAACCACAGCAAGGCUCCCUUUUAAAGGUGGAUGUGAACAAUCUAAAGACAUUGUAGUUAGGUUUUUCCCCCAAACAAGUCCCAUAAAAAUAUCAUCUUUUUAAGAAUGAUGUAACAGGAUACUCCAUUCUGACUGACACCGUUCAGACGAGCUCAGACAUCCGCUAUAAAAAUGUGACAUUCAUUUUAGAAGAAGCGUGUUUUUGAACUAUUAAAUGGAAGGAAAUUAAUGGAAUAUAACCUAACAUUUCUGUUCAUUUUUAAUGUUUUAUAGCUGGAUUGAAAUGGGGAAAUAUUCAUAUCUUCAUAUUCAUCAUGAAAACCCACUUAAACUACUGGCUUCCCUGUUGACUGUACAUGUGUAUAUAUCUGAAUGCAUUUAUAAAUUAUGUUUACAAGUAAAAUAUUUUCACCACCUUGUUUCUUUAAUUUUUAGCAAAAAUAUAUAUUUUUUGCUUGUUCUAUGGAUCAAGCACCUUGUGCACUUUAGCAAAUUGCUUUUAGUUCAUCGUUUAAGAUAAAUGUGGUUUAACGGUUUGUUCGUUACAUUCUUUCACUAAAGGAGGAAGAAUAUGAGUCUCAAAAUAGAUCACAGUAACGAUCAUAUCUUGGUUUCUGGACUGUACGUAAAGGUGGUGAUCAUAUGACUCUGUAGCGGUGGCCUUAUAAAAUAUUAACAGAGUGUUUUCUGCUACUCAAACUCCUGUAAUGUAUUCAAAGAAAAGUUAUUAAUCAAAGAUUUGAAUGUAAAUAGUUAUAAUUGUACUGCUUCCUGAAGCUGCUGUUCUGCCAAGCUGAAUCUGUGCCUUUCCCUUAAAAUGUCUUACUUUGUUUUUAUUCAAAAGUUGUUGCUAGAUCAGAUUCUAUAUUAAAAUGGAAAACAAAUAAAUGCAAUUGUAAAUUC